CCAAUGGUACCUUACAUAGGCUUGAAGAAGAGCCCACUCCUAAUCUCCUUCCUUCCUUCCUUCCUUCCUUCUUUCUUCUUCUUCUUCUUUACUAGAAUCUCUUUUGGUAUCUAUUACUGGGCCCAAAAGCAAAAGAUUUUUAAGCAUGGACCUCGCCGUCAAACCCACCACCAUCAAGUUUCUUUGCAGCUACGGCGGUCGGAUUCUCCCCCGUUACCCUGAUGGCAAACUCCGUUACCAUGGUGGAGAAACCCGUGUUCUUUCCGUACAACGAUCCAUUUCUUUUGCCGAGCUGUUGAUGAAGCUGGGAGAGAUGAGUGGGACGUCAGUUGUGAAUCUAAGAUGUCAAUUACCAAAAGAAGAUUUAGAUGCUCUUGUAUCAAUCACUUCGGAUGAGGAUCUUGCCAAUCUUAUCGAAGGGAUAGGGCAUGGAGGAAGAGAAAAAGCAAUAUCGAAGAGACGGGGCAGUGGAACUGUCUUGAGGAAGGCAAUUAUAGCAGACAAUAUUUUUCAGUCUCUCCUCAGCUCGAUUCUUGUUAAGAAAUAUCUUAAAAAAGGAUAA